GAGAGUGAGGUGUUUCAACAGUUGCUUGCUCUGCAGACAGGGGACAGAAGGGCAGAGCACUCCAGACACUAUGCAGUUGUCCUGGCAUCCCCAGAGGUUAGCUCUGUAUUGUUCCACGUUACUCUUAUUCUUUUCAACAUGCCAAGCAUAUGUUGCCACCAGAGACAACUGCUGCAUUUUAGACGAGCGAUUUGGUAGCUAUUGCCCAACUACUUGCGGGAUUGCAGAUUUCUUAAACAGAUACCAAAGCACUGUAGACCAGGACCUACGGCAUAUGGAAGAUGCCUUAAGGGAUAUUGAUAAUAAGACAUCAGAAUCCAAACUGCUGAUCCAGAAAAUCCAAGUCGGCCGCAAUUCUGAUGCAAGACCUCAAAAUGUGAUCAAUGAUGUGACUCAGAAGUCAAGGAAGAUGAUUGAUGAAAUUAUGAAAUAUGAAGCAUUGGUUCUCACCCAUGAAAACAAUAUUAAGUAUUUACAAGAGAUCUUGGAUUCAAACAACCAAAAGAUUAUUCAGUUGAAACAAAAAGCAGUUGAACUUGAAGCCAAAUGUCAGGAGCCUUGCAAAGACUCAGUUCAGAUACAAGAAACCACUGGAAAGGAUUGUCAAGACAUUGCAAACAAAGGGGCCUCAGUAAGUGGUCUUUACUUUGUCCAGCCAUUAAAAGCUAAGACACAGUUCUUGGUCUACUGUGAAAUAGAUUCAUCAGGCAAUGGAUGGACUGUACUUCAGAAGAGAUUGGAUGGGAGCCUGGACUUCAAGAAAAACUGGAUUCAGUAUAAGGAAGGAUUUGGACAUUUGUCUCCAACUGGCAACACAGAGUUUUGGCUGGGAAAUGAAAAGAUUCACCUUCUAAGUACCCAGACUACAAUUCCAUACGCAUUAAGAAUAGAAUUGGAAGACUGGAGUGGCAAAACCAGCACGGCUGACUAUGCCAUGUUCAAGGUGGGGGCUGAAGCUGACAAGUACCGGCUGACCUAUGGCUACUUCCUUGGAGGAGAUGCAGGAGAUGCCUUUGAUGGCUUUGAUUUUGGUGAUGAUCCAAGUGACAAGUUUUUCACCUCCCAUGCUGGCAUGCAGUUCAGUACCUGGGACAAUGACAAUGAUAAAUUUGAGGGUAACUGUGCUGAACAAGAUGGCUCUGGCUGGUGGAUGAACAAAUGUCAUGCAGGCCACCUCAAUGGUGUUUAUUACCAAGGGGGCACUUACUCAAGAUCAUCAACUGCCAAUGGCUAUGAUAAUGGCAUUAUCUGGGCUACCUGGAGGUCAAGGUGGUACUCUAUGAAGAAAACUACCAUGAAGAUUAUUCCAUUCAAUAGACUUUCGAUAGAUGGCCAGCAACAACACUUGGGAGGAUCCAAACAGGUUGGAGACGUUUAAAAGGAUGUUACAAAUAUGACCUACACUUUAAAGGACUUUUAUCUGAACAGAGACAUGUUGUUUUAUAAAUGGGAGAGUGGAUUUGUUAUGCCACACAUACUUCAUUUUUGUUGUAUUGAUCUCCAGGAUUGGAACCAUCACAAACAACUUUGUACAUGUGAUAAUUUAUCUCUCUGCCAUUUCAAUUAAAAAAAAUUUAAUGUCUAUGA